CACUAAUAUAAUGUCAUUAGUGCAAAUUAUGUUCUGACAAAAUUUCCAUUUUUGAAAAUUACUAAUAUACAAACAUGAUCAACCCGAUAGUCGAUAAGAAUUGAAAAUAUAUUAUAUUAAUUACUAUAGAAGAUUAUUAUUGUGGAUAAAAUUUUAAGAAUCCUAUCGUACAUAUUUUCAUGGUAACGAUUACUUCAUUCUGCACAUUCACUUACUAUGUAUUUCUAUGGCCUUUAGCGAUAAUUCCACCAACCAAUUUAAAAAAAGUAUUCCAUCAUACGUUAAAAAUGCCUUCAAGUGGGGAUCAAUCAUUUACCAUGUUUGAAAUGCCUUCGAAUUGGCUUUACAGAGGCGAAGGUAAUUGCAAUAUCGUAUUAUCAUUACCCCAAUUGAGAAAAAUACUUCGUAUACGAAAAAUAGAUAGUCCCAGAUCUUUCAUAGGUUGGUUAUUAAAAUGGAUAAGUGAUUUGCUUUACUGGUAUACUGGUGGAGAUAUUAUGGAAGAAUUGCGAGACCUUAAAUUUUAUUCCACCAUAAUGAGACCUUUGGUAGGAAUAAAAUAUACGUCAGAAGCUUGUCAGGUUGUUUUAAAUUGGAAGCAAGUUAGAAUACUUGAAGAGGAACUAGUUAGAUAUAGACCAGAACGCAGAAAACAUAAAAUCUUACAAUGUGGUAGGGCAUCAUUGUUUAAUGAUUUUGCUUUUAUACCUGAAGAUGAAUAUGAUUACUUACCAUUUGAUGUAGCAGAUGAUACUUUUGCUAUUGAACUGAAACCUAAACAGGGUUGGAGACCUUUAAGUGAAAAACAUUAUCCAGCUUGUGUUUACUGUAUGAAUCAAUAUUAUAAGUUGCAACAAAAAAAAAUUAAGGUACUCAGCAAUUAUUGUCCAGAAGAUCUUUUUUCGGGUAAUGAAUCUAGGAUGAUGCGUGCCAUAUAUUCCUUAAUACAAGUGCCUCAAAAUAAUUUUAGAAUUUUUAAAAAUGGGACUUUAAUUUACGGAGAACAUACCGCCACUGAUUUCUCAAAUAUAGUUAGAAGUUUUUUUGGUAAUAGGGAUGAUAUGUCCCAAAAAUUAGUAGAGGAAUUUUCAAAUUUGGUGAGGAAAUGUUUAAUAACGAAUUUUAUGAAUGUCAAUUUAACUGAAGGAUGUGAGGAACGACUGUUUUGUGAAUGGAACAAAAUAAUCCAAGGUUCAAACGCGCAUAUUUUACCAAAAAACUGUGUUCUUGAAAAGAUUUUAUCAAUACAGAUGUUAGAUAUUGAAGGAAGUGUUUAUUACGAUAAAUUAUUAAACAAUAGGGAAGUUUUAGAAGACUGGAAAUAUAUUGACCUACUUUUGAAUAAAAUAAACAAUUCUAACGAAUGUUUUUGUUUAAAAUGUACGAUUAUGAUGUUAGGUAACGUAAAUAGAAGAGACGAAGAAGUUGAUUUGACUUUUAUACCAUAUUUAAUUUCUGCAGUAGCCAAAGAUUGUUCUCUAAUGAUAACAGUUAAGAGAGUUGAUGAAAACAUUAGUGAAGAUCUCGAAAUAAAAAAUAUAAUUAGAACAAAUUAUGGUCAUUUUUUGGUAAAUAUUGGAGUUUUCGAUUUAUAUCCGAAGCCGUUAUCAUCGAUAAGAAAACACUGUCAAAGAAACAAGGAGAUAUUUAAAGCUUACGUCGCAGGAACGACGAAAAAAAUAUGAAUUAUUUACUCUGAAAUAUUUUAUAGAUAAUAAGAACCGUUCUCAUGUUUAACUUGGAAUUACUGUAAACAUGGACCUUCGAGCUGGGUAAAAAUCAAUUGUAGCCUGAAAGGGUUAAUUAAUAUUAUUAUAAACGGUUGAUUUAAUCAGAGAGGUAGUGUUAAGAAUGGGAACGGUCCUACAAGGUGAAAUGUGAAAUUUUAAAUGGAUAAUUAGGGAAACGGUUUAAUACUUUUAUGUGGGUAUAUUUUUAACUAUCUAGAUAAAUUUUUUAGUCCAGAAUUAAUGCCAUUAUAUUCAUAAGGUGGAUGUAAUUUAUAUUAUUCAAUAAUUUCUGAAAAUCAAGUAUCAAAGUUUCAUAGUAAUGAAUGUUAUACAGGGAAAAUAAAAAAUAAUGAUAUUGAUUAAAGACUAAAGUAUGUUUGAACAAAAAAAGUUUUUAUAAUGUAUGAAAUGAAUGAAUCAUAACAAAUGUGGUCUUGUAGAACCUCUCUUAGGUAAUUAAGAACAGUAAACAACACUCGAUUUUUAAUGAAGAAUAGCUCAAAAGAUAUGCCUCUCUAUAAUUUAGACUAUAAAGUUAAAUGGAUUGCUAUUUUGGUCAAGAAAGUGGACAAAAAUGUAAAAGGGCCAACAUUAAAACGAUUUUGCAUUAUUUUAAUGAUUUCAAAUGAAUUUAAAAGAGGUUUUAUGUUUUGGAUAUGAUUUUUUAAAGUUUAAAAACAAAUUUUUAUUGUUUUAGAAGAAUCAGAUUUCUAAUAGUAGUCCAUGUAAUUGUAUAGUGAAAGCCUAAAAACUUGUUUUACUCCAACUUUCUGUUUAGUAGCUUUGUUUUUAGGUAAACAAUAUUUGGAAUAGAUGAAUUUUAUCGUCAAAAAAUUUGAAUUGAAGUAAAAGAUAUUUUCGAAAUGUAAUCUGUGAUACAACUAUGUGUGAAUUAGAUCAUCUAUUAAUAUUUUUAUUGAAUUUGUGUUAACAAUCAACAGGCGCUGUUUUGUAGGAAACCUAAUUUGAUGUAUUUCAAUGGAUUCAAGUCUAAUUGACUAUAUUAAACUCAAGUUACAAAGGCAACUUUAGAUCCAAUAUCGCUAUUACUUUGACUGGUCGUCUCUGUAACUUGAAUUUUGUCCAAAAUUAUUGAAAGAUUUGCAGUAAAAUUGUAUUUAACAAAAAAUUAAACGUACAAAUUUUUUUAAUACCCUUAUUUUUGUUUGUGUCGAAUAUCGCCAAUGAAAGUUAAAAUUGAUUAGAUUCAAUUGAAUAAGAAUCAUUUAUAUAAGUUUGGACUUUAACAGUUAAGUUUUUUUAUUUAUUGUAACAAUAAUUGUAUCGAUUAUCCCAAAUUCGAUUUAAUAUAUCAAACUAUUAGAAAGUACAUAAAUUAAUUACAGAUCCAUAUUGAAAAUAGUAUGUUUAUGUUCGAAAGAAAUACAUAAAUCUAACUUAGUAUAAGUUAUAGUAACCAAAAUUAAAUAAUUGACGUGAAAAGUUGUUGUCAGGUCAGUAUUUCAAAAAAAAUGAAGUUAAUUAUUAGUUUUUCACAUUGUUCUUGAAAUCCCUAAACUAGGGCUCCACUACUGUACAUGUCUAUAUCUACCGAUUAGUCUUUGUCCAAUUCAGGUCCUUUUGAGUGGUUAAAAUAUAAUCCUGGAUAUAUCUGGUUUAGAAAUAAUCCUGUGUGUCUUAAGAUUGGUGACACGAAAAGCUGAUCUGACCUGACUCUGUUUUAUCGAUACUACCACAACAAAUACUCUUCCGACUUGUCCAACAUAAUUUCACCUAGAGCAGUGUCUGCAAAUCAGGUUGCCGUAGCUCUUGAACGCCGUUUUCGCCUGCUGACGCCCUGAAUGGGACUUAAUUCUUUGGAGAAUUGCAAACCUUUGGAAUACAAGCUACAGAAGCUUAAGUUCAAUAUCCACAGGUAUCUCUAUACUGUAGGCACCACUCGAACUACUCGAGUUCAAUGGGGGUUGCCCACUUGUGCUUGUUUAAAAAUACGGUAAUUUUUUAGAUUAGGUUACACGAACAAGAAUAUAUAUGUCAGGUUAUUUGGAUCAUAAAAUGGCUAUUAUUAAGGUAUGGAUCAAAAUUUCAGGUUAUUUGGAUCAUAAAAUGGCUAUAUAGGUUAAAAGGAUACGUUGUUUGGAUCUUAAAAUGGCUAUUAUUGAGAUAUAGAUUAAAAUGUCAGGUUAUAUGGAUCAUAAAAUGGCUUUAAUUGGGAUAUAGGUUAAAAGGGUACGUUAUUUGGGUUAUAAAAUGGCUAUAUUUAGAAUAAAUAUUAAAGGGGCAAGUUAUGGCUAUAAUUGAGAUAUAAUAUACUGAAAGGGUAGGUUAUUUGGAUUAUAAAAUGGGUAUAAUCGGGAUAUAGGUUAAAAGAACAUAUUAUUUCGCGCAGUAACAUACUUUUUUUUGUUUCAAAAAUCAAAUAAUAAUUUUUCAGUGACUAAUAUUUAAAAAUUAAUCGUUGAAAGAAAUAAAA